GUGUUUCUGUUUGCUUUCCAGCCUGUUCGCCCUCGUCUUCAACGAGAAUCCGCCGCGCGGCGGUGAGGACGAGCAGGCCGACUCAGAGGAGUGCGACGCGGAGGAGGAGUCCGAGUUUGUCCUGCAUUCAGGCUUCGACUGGGCGGGGUCCGUGGGCGAGGGGGUCGACUUCGGCGCUGAGAUUGAUUCCAUCUUGGUCGCUGGGAUCGAGGCCAAAGGACUGCCGAUUUCGUUCCUCGAGAUGGUGUGGAAGAAGUGGGAUCGAGCGUGCCUGCAGACGGGGGGCGACGCGGCGGUGGCCCUCAUGCCGGUGCAUCCCGCCCCGGGCAAGGUUGGCACGUGGGCGGUGGUCGACCCCGCCGAGCGGGUGCAGCUGCAGGACCUCAGGUCGCACCGGAUCCACGCGAAGCCCAAGGCCAGGUGGCAGCUGGCGCCUUUCGACGGGCUCACGGCGGAGCAGAAGGAGAAGGCUGAGGCAGAUUCGGUGAAGCUGACCAGGAGGACUGCUGGAGACUCGUGGUUCUCGAUCCCCGCGGGCUGGGCCAAGCCGGAGAAGGAGAAGAUCAAACGCAAAGGGAAAAUAUCCUCCGAGGGCAAGGGGUCGAGCAGGUCAAACUUUGUCUGGUGGCUCGCGCAGAUCGUGGUGGCGGUCGGCGGGGCCGUGUGGAGCUACAAGUUCGUGGGGGCCUCCGGCCUGGGGUGCUGGCUAACAUACAAGGCGUGGAAGUUCUUCGGGGUUGGCGAGCUGGCCGACGACAGCAUGGAUGUUCUGAGCGAGAGUUCGGUUGACCUCGGCACGGCCGCCUCCGACACUGAUGAUGACGACGGGCUCAUGAGGCACCCAGGUAUGCGGAUGCUUCUUGAGCAACAGGCGGAGCUGCAGAGUCAGAUCGCGAGGCUCUCGGCCAAGAAGACGAGCGACAGUGGUGACGAGGGGGGCACGAAGUUUACAGCUGCUCAGGAGGAUGAGUCGGUCAGGAGGGGCAUCGCCAAGUUGAUGGCCAGGCUGGCGGCGCAUGAGAAGCAGGUCUCGGACGACCAGGGCGGCCCAGGCGGUGCUGUGCGAGGAAAGGUGGUCUCCUCACUGGACGGGCUGAAUGCGACGGCCGUGAAGAACUUCGUCUCGCAAGGGCAGCCUGGGAAGUCGGUCGACCAUUGCAUUCAGGAGCUGGAGCAGGAGGCUCGCGACCCGCGAGCCGCUAUGCUUUCCCAGCUCAAGCAGUAUGAGAACGCGGGCUGGAGCAUCGGCCCGUCUCAGUCUCGUAUUGCUCUAAUGGUCCUCGCUAGGAUGUACAAGUUCGGGACGAGUGCCAAGUUCCAGGUCCAGCAGUACGUUCGGUCCAAGGAGCUGGAGUCAUGCCACCCGGUGCGGUGGGAGCUCGCGGAUGAGUACGACGCGGUCGCGCUGGAGAGCGACGACUGGGCCAUCGCGGAUGCCGACGAAGAGGUUCGCAAGCGCCUGGAGCGGAAGGCUUUGUUCAACAAGUACCUCGGCAAGGCCUUUCCCGACGGCGGCAAGGGCAGCUCCGAGCAGGGGUUGCCUGCCUCUCCAGCGGCGGGAGGGGUGCAGGCAAGUGCGGAGCGUCGCCGCUUCUGCUUUGUGCUCUUCAAGUACCUGUUCAAGUUCGUGAUCUUGGUGACGGUCCUGAGUGACCUUUUCUGCGGCUUCGGCGUGGGCUCUGUGCGCGAAGAGGGGAGCUCCAGUGCGAAGACUGGCUUGACGGUCGGGAGGGUCUACAGGUCGGUGAACGCCAUCUCGCGCAUGAGCCGCGGGGUGCUGGACGGGGCAGGGGAGAAGGAGAUGAAGGUCAACGAGGUGCCCCUCCCGCCGCCGAGGUCAGCGCCGAUCCCUAUCGAGACCAUGUCACCGUCGAGUCGCCCGUGCCUCAGGGAGCCGAUAAGGACGAUGGUGCUCGGCGACCGCGAGGUAGACUGGGCGGCUUACGACAUGAUCAAGCCGUGCAGCGACCCCAGCCUGAAGCAGAAGCAGGUGAAGCUGGAUAUGCUGGAGAGGCUGGCCGAGUCGGGUAUGCUUGGGAUGUGCGACGAGGCGGUUGAGGAGGUGAAGGUCUUCACGGUCCUGAAGAAGAUCGACGAGAAGACGGGGCAGCGGAGCUCGAGGCUGAUUUGGGAUAUGAGGAGGUCCAACAUGAGUUUCAGAAGUCCGCCCUGUGUCGCCAUGCGCUCGGCCGCAGCCCUGUGCGGGGUCGACUUGAGUUCGAGCGUGCGCGGAGACCUGGAGGUGGCCAGCUUCGUCGGGGACGUGCCGGACUUCUUCCACAAACUGCUCUUGCCGGAGGGGCCGCGGGGCGACCUCGGCUUCGAGGGCGUGCCUGGGGAGGAGUUGCGGGCGCACCUGCAGAAGCGAGGGCGGCAGGACCUCGUCGAGCAACUCGGAGGUGGAGUUCGAGUUUGCUUGCGGGCGCUGCCCAUGGGCUUCGCGUGGGCGGUGUUCUUCGCCCACUCUGCCGUGCAGGGCGUGAUGGAGGGCGAGUGGAUCCAGGAGCACCGAGGCGAGCAGGAGGCCCCAUUGUGGGACGAGGUCCUCGACGAGUUCUUUGGCACGGUCUCCUUGUCGGUCUAUUACGGGGCCUUCCUGGGGCCCGAGUGGCACGAGUGGAUCUUCAUGACGGACGCGAGCCACUUCGGUUUCGGCAUCGUGGCGAGCCGCUCGGAUGUGAGCGAGGUGAGGGCCCUCUGCGAGGCGGGCGACAAGCAAGGGUGGUCGACGCAGCUUCACGAGGCCUACUCUGGAGUGGAGGAGGACGAGCUCGACUACGUCACUCCGACCUGGCAGCAUCAGGCGAGGGAGAAGCAUGCGCGCGAUGCUCGAGAAGGGGCCGCUGGCUUUUGCGAGCUGUUCGCUGGUUCGGCUCGCUUGUCGGCGGCGAUCGGGCGAGCCCGCCGGAGCUGGGUGGAGCCCUGGGAGAUCGAGCAGGGGGCGCGCUGCGACCUGGGUGACUUGGCGAACCUGGGGAGGCUCUUCGUCGACCUGGCCAGGGGCAUCUAUUGGCUCGUGCAUCUGGCCCCGCCCUGCGCUACGCGGUCCCGGGCGCGCGUGCCCAAGUUGCGGA